AUGGACAAAAUCAAGCAGUACAAAAACCUCUCCAUGACGGCAGAACUGGAUAACGACCUUGCAAAGGAAACCGAACUCCUCAAGCAACGUUACCAGAAAUUUAUCAAAGCAACCGACCAAUCGCACAUAAAUGCCUUGGAGACACUCGGGGUACAAAAAGACACCUUUGGAGGACUCCUUAGCACAAAACUAAUGAAAUUGCUUCCUGCAGAAUUGCAGAAAGAAUGGUCGAGUUCCGAUGCAAACGACAUCACCGGCAUCACAGCCCUGCUGAAUUUCAUCAGGGAUCAAGUCGACGCUGCUGAAAGACGCCGAAGCUGUCAGAUUCCUGUGGAUCACGGAGCCAAAAACGCCAAAUUCACCUCUAGUGGCAAACAAGUGGAAACGAGUCCCAUUUGGGCUCAGCUCCAGCCCAUUUUUGCUGCGAGCUACCCUAAACAAGCACCUAGACGGCAUGGAAUCAAUCUACUCCACCACACACCCACAACGCUCCUGCUGAAAAUAAUCUACCAGAAACUUUGGGAAGCCGAAAUUGACUGGGAUGUGGAAGCGCCUCCUGAAAUACGUAAGAAAUGGAUAGCAGCCAUGACUGGGUUGAACGAGUUUGCCAACUUAAAAAUCCCACGUUGGAUAGGCUACUCGAAAAGGGUCAUACAAAAUGCAAAAAUUCACGUCUUCGGCGACGCAUCAGAGGCCGCUUAUGGAGCCGUUGCCUACAAAAAGGUCACCUUACCAAGAUUGGAGCUAUUAAGUUUACUUCUGGCGGCACGAUUGGGAGAAAAACUCAAGAACUUUCUCCACAUCGAAUCGUGGCGAACAAUAUUCUGGGCUGACUCUCUAGUGGCACUUGGCUGGAUCCAAGGAGACACCAACAGGUGGAAACCAUUCGUCAGGAACCAAGUCGAAGCUAUUAAGAAAUUUUCUGGCCCAAAUUGGUGGCAGCACUGUCCAGGCGCCCAAAAUCCUGUGGAUCUCGCCUCGCGGGGAGCGCCAGCCGUAACGCUGGUACACUCCGAGCUAUGGUGGAACGGACCAUCAUGGCUGAAAGAAGACGAAACCAAAUGGCCGGAUUCAACGCCCGAGGUAGAAGAACCCAGUGUUCAUGAAAGAAUCGAAGCGGAAGCAAAAUCGAAAACCGUCACCAUGUCGGUAGCUUUCGUGGAGCCAGCCACUUCAGUGGAAUGGCAUCUGGAUCGAAUUCCGUCUUGGAAUCGACUACUCAGAAGAACUGCUUGGAUACUGAGAUUCGCCUCCAAAAACCGCCCCACAAACGCCACACAAAUGAAGACUCCAAUCAAGACAGGAGGCGGAAAACAGAUAAUGGUAGAACAUCAAAAAGUAGAGGAACUGACGAAGGUGGAGCUACUUAUUUAUUGGCAGCUCCAAAAAGAAGCUUUUCCCAAGACGUUUCAGGAUCUGAAAGAAGGGCGGCAACCGCACCAUAAGGAGAAAAUUGCCGCACUCCGACCCGUGUGGGACGCAAGACAGAAGUUGAUUAGAAUAACAGGAAGAGCAGAGCUAGCGCUAAGAGACAGGGAGAUUGAACCCGCCAUCUUGCUUCCCACUCAACAUCCAGUCGUCAAACUAAUCAUCCAUGAUCGACACGUCUUGCUAAAACACGCUGGAGUUAAAACCACCCUAUCAGAUCUAAGAGAACGGCCGCUGUAUUACAAACACCCAACAUUGCGUAAGAAACGCAAGCAAACGGAUCCUACAUCCACCACGGAUCCCUCGUCAACGGAUGGUUUUGCUUUGGAGCCUACGGUAAAGCCUCCAGUGAUGGAGCCCAUUGAAGAACCUCCAACCACAGAACCAACGGAGGAAAACAAAGAAAAUCUCCAAUUGGACGAAUCCUUAGCCAAAAAGAAAGGCACAAUUAAACGGCCAAAGAGCUAUGCCUGCCUAUUUACUUGUGCUGUAACGAGGGCCGUUCAUCUGGAGCUAACAAAAACGAUGUCCGCACGCGACUUCCUCCUCGCAUUUCGAAGAUUUUCCGCCAGGAGGGGUAGCGUCUCCAUCAUGUAUUCGGACAAUGCCCAAACAUUUAGAUGCGUCUCGAAACAUUUGAAAGUCUUAAGAUCCGACCCAGCGAUCCACGACCUUCUGGCAAUGCGGAAAACCGUAUGGAUUUUCUCGACCAGCCUAGCCCCAUGGUGGGGAGGGUUCUGGGAGCGCAUGGUGCGGACGAUGAAGGAUUUGUUGAGGCGCUCCAAUGGUCGUGCAUGUUUGGAAUACGACGAGCAAGAGGUUAGUCUCAUUGAAACCGAGAGCGUGGUGAAUGCACGACCACUCACCUACGUGGCAGAAGGGAGCGACGAACCGCUCCCCAUCACCCCGAACCAGUUUCUCAACAAUAGGCGUUCGAACUGUACUCCGCCGGAGCCAGCCGAAAACCUCGUGGCUCCCGACGCAACCAAUUUGAAACUGCUGGAAAUGGAUCAUCAACGUAGGGAGUAUGUCAGCGAUAUCUGUGAACGAUUUGUGACGGACUACUUUCUCCAAAUCGACAAGUUCCACUGUAAAGGAGGACCCGGCCGCAAGAUCCGGGUAGGAGAAGUUGUCAUCAUUCACGAUGACAACACCAAGCGCCUUAUGUGGACGAUAGGAGUAGUGAAGGAGCUAAUCACUAGCAGAGACGGGUUGAUCCGUUCGGUUACGGUCAAGACGCCGAACGGAACCUUAUCAACCGCGCCAUUCAAUCGUUACACCCCUUAG